ACUUAUUGGCAACAGAGACUUUGGGAGAGUCAGAGGAAAAAGACCAAUUAGGAGAAUCCUUAUCAGGUACCGUUGAUAACUGACUGCUGUUAAAGUACAAACACCAGCGGAUCCACAAAAAUCACAGCUGUGACAACGCCGGAAACAUCAGCAGCAUCAGUACUCAAGAAUGUUUUUUAUGUACAGUUGGAAUUUGACAAAUUGAUUUUCUCUUUGAAAUACAUUUCCUUGGAUUUUAUUGGCAAUGUUUUGUUUUGGACUUGCAUUGAUGAGCUUUUUCUGUGUGUUGACACCAACCGAUUGUCUUCAUGAAAGUUAUUUUAAACCGUCAUUAAGUUUUGUUGUCUUGUCAAUGUCCCAUGGAUUUGCUUCUGCAAUCAAUCAAGCAGAUUGUUGGGUUUGUGGUUUUAUUUCAGUUAGUACUCCCGCAUACAACUACGUUACUCUUCCUUUUACUGUGAGAGAUUAUCUUACUGUUUGGAAUAUUACAAAGUCUGCAUUUCCCCAGUCUAAUGCAAAGAUUCUCUGUAAAUCAGUUUCUGGAAAGAAUGAAGCCACCACACUGGCCUAUGCAACAAAUGGUUUGUUGUGUUUUGAAAGCAACAGCACUGCGCUUCACUUGAGCAAGAGUGUUUGUAACUUUGAUUUGUCACACUUGAAUGAUUUUAUUGCAACGGUUACUACUAAUGACACUAAUGCUUUUUCACCACACAUUCGUAACAUAACCCAACAUUCUGCAAACAAAACAAUGUUUAUUUGUGGGGAAAAUGCAGAUCAUCAUUUUCCUGCCAACUGGUCAGGAUUGUGCUAUUUUGCUUAUGUUGAACCCGCAUUGCGAUCAGCCCCAAGCCCAGUUCAUAAUAAUAUCACAAGUGAAAACACUGAUUCUACACAAACAUUCUUUACCGUAUUGUUCCCUAAUUAUAGAAAAACAGGAGAAUUAGACAAAAUAUGCAAAGUUAUUUUCACAGUGGAUCAAAUUGUCAGUAGUACAUCUCGGUCACUCCGUCGCUUAAACAGUGAAUGUGCCAGCGUUGGAAAAAUUCCUUUUCAAAAUGGAACGAGCAAAGACCUUCCUGUGGCUGGACAAGGAAGAAUUUAUUCUGAAAAUGGUGAAAGAUGUUGUAGCUUUGUUCCAGAGGUAUUGCCUGAAGUAUCUGCAAUUUUGGGGAUAAAAUUUUUCACUAUUGAAAUGAACAACAAUCAAUAUGCAGGCCUAAAUCCAGGGUUAAUCGCCUUUAUUGUCAUUGUCAUCAUCUUGGUCCUUCUCAUCCCAUUUUGUGUGAGAUUCCGUCAUAAAAUUUGUAAAAUAUUUGUAAGCAAAACAGAUAGAUUGUUUUAA